CGAAAGGUCAACAUUUCUGGGAGAAAGUAUGCGGAUUUGACAGAGCUGGCUUUGAUUAGACAGUAUGUGUGUAUGUUUAUUGUUUACUGUUUACACUUUGUUGUUUUGUACGGUAAGAGUGCGUGAGCCCGUCUAAAAUGGCUCCAACGCACGUUCACCUGUUGUUGAAUCAACUUCCCGGUUAUUUCGACUCUUCAGUGUCGAUAGAGCGUGUAGAUCAGUUGUGUGAUGAGCAAGUGAAUGAUAUUCAUCCUUCAAUUAGCAACGAUAGCAACAGCAAUCAAGCAGACAAUGGAGAUUCUUUCGCGAAAGUUUCCAAGUGCAAUGAUCUGCGCAACAUCGCAAUGGUAAAACGAGCGCUACAUGAUCCGGAGUUGGAAGAUUUGAUGCGAGACAUAGUGCGAGAAGUGGAAAAUAUUCGCAAUACAGCUGGACUAUACGAUCAGUACGAUAAUUGGCAAUAUUUAUCAAAAAAGAUCAAUAUCGAAGAUUUCUUAACCUUCGUUUACACUAUGAUUUGCCUAGCAGAGUUAGAACCAACGAAAACGGUACACAUAAAGCUCGCUAUUUGUUCGGCUAGAUUGUACAUCGUGUUAUUGACCACUCCUGGGCAGAAGCAAACAACAGUGUUUAAUGAAUGCGUGUUUUCGAAAAGUAUGGAUGUUUUUAAAAUAAUUGAUCAUCUGCGCGAAUCCAGUAACGUAAAUGGCUCCCAAGGAAGAAUGAACACUAUAACUGAAGCAAGACGUUUGAUGUUGGAUUACAUGUCCGUGCUGGAUGAUUUACAUCUACUGCUUCGAUGUAUGACGCUAAAAAACUGCUCUACCUCCAAGAUCAAAAUAGUUGAUACAUUAAAAACCCUGCUUAUUUACUGUAUCAAGCACGCUCAGAGUCGGGCUGAAGCGGAGCAAUUGGCAGAAAAAAUAUUUACUACGCUAGGCAUUAUCUGCUUGCCGGAACAUGACGACCAUAACGAAUGCCGGACAACUAUAAGCAUGAUUCUGAAUAGAACUGCCAUAUUUUAUACGUCUGAGUAUAAAAACAAACCCGGUGCUUUCAACGUACACAACUUGUUUUUGCGGCUGCUUGAGCAAAACUCAAAAGACACAUGUGCGGUACUCACAAAUUUCAUAAAAUCGGUUCUAACGAAUCCUCCGAAAGUGUUCUCACGACCUGAUGAUUAUGCAAUUUUGCUGGACGCUGCUGUACAAUAUGAGCUUACCAUGUACAGCAAAUGUAACGUCUCCAUUAUCGACUAUUUGAAGCAGAUAGAGACACACUCAGACGCCGGAACUCGGAUUAACAUUGUUGAGAUGAUUGCUAAGCUAGCAGUCGUUGAUUGCACCGUCGACUGGGAACUGUUCCAGAAGGAGAUUUCGAAUGUACCGCGAGAAAUAGAUUUGCUCCAGCUGUUGGGAAACAAGUUACUUGAAAAGUCAAACACGGUGAAGCUAAAGGCUUUCCAGUGUUUGUUAAAAAUCCUACAGAAUGGUAAUAAAACCAUGAAGCGCAUAUUUCAAAAUGCCUUCUAUUCGCCGCAUGCAGAUGAGGAUGAAAAAAAUUACCUGCAGAUGAAUGACGUGGAAGAGCUUUUUCAAACGGCCGAGCUUGAACUAGGCAUAUCUCGGAAUGUGCUCAACUUUAGUCAGCAUACCGUAUCCACCCAUAACAAACCAUCCGAUUGUAACGACGGGCUGGUCGGCGAUACAGCUCGUCCGAGCCCUAAGAUAUCCUCCCAGGAUGUGCCAGGCAUUGAAGCAAUCGAAGAAAUGCUAACAUCCUUGCCGAAUACCAUGUACGAUGCAAUGUUAUCGCCAAUUUCUGCAAUAAGACGAGUGGCUCUGUCUUGCUUGGAGUAUAUCCUUGAACUGGACAGAAAUCGCAUCGAUGAACCGAUAUUUGAGUAUGUCAUUUCUAAACUAGCAAAAGACCCGGUUAUGCUGAUGCGUCGUACCACUUUGAAUGUGCUCAACAAACUGUUAGCACUGUAUCCAAACUAUUUGCCACUGAUAAAGCUAUGGUCAAAAUGUUUACUAUUUUUCCUGGAUGAUGUGGACCAAAAACUGAAGGAAUCUGCAAUGGAGAGCCUGAAAAUAAACGUGUUUGAUAGCAUAUGCCGCUACGAAGACUCGUCGUCUCGUAAAGUAUUUACACCAUGGAUGAUCGUCCGCGCCAUUUUGGUCAUUGGUAAAAUAAAUGUCCUUAAAUCAGCCGUCGAUUCUUGGAUACAGAAAUCAAUUUUGACGCCGAAAAAUCUUAGCAUCAUAGAGUCUCAUAUCUUCACAGUCAACUGUAGUGAAGCUUGGAUCAUAUUGUCGAUUAUAGCAAACAAAAUGAAAUCGCGCAAUCCGGACUUGGUAAUUAAAACAAUGAAUGAUAUCCUUCAACAAGACACGUACAAUUCACCAAUAUGUCUGCAGUAUAUCCUUUCCGUGAUCAAAUCGUGGUCGUCUGACUUCUCGAGAUCGGGUCUAAAUCACCUGUUCAAAAUUUUAAGCGAUCUACUGCGCACCGGCAGUACUAACAUAUCACUGGUCGGUGAUAUAUACAGCUUAUGCUGCAUGAUAAAGCGAAAAGCUGAUGGCAUCGUUGAUGAAUCCUGGAUUGCAGAUAUACGUGAUAGCAGUGCGGAAUAUUUGUUACACUACUGCACCCAUUAUACGAGUGCCCACGUGACUAAUGAGCGAUAUCUGAUUAGCCUACUCGUGUACGCAGAAGCGGCAACCGAUUUAAACGUUAAACCGGAUAACAACAUAGUUAAUAUACUAUUGAAGUAUUUAGCGCAUGUUGCUGCUAAUGAAAAAGGCCUGUUGGUUCAGACCGAUCAAUCGCGUAAAAUUAAUGUAACUAUAAUAGUAUUGGCAAGAUUUGGUUUACGUGACGGUUCUCUGGCGACGACAGUGAUAGCUGAUUUUAAUAGAAUAUUGAAAUUUAAAUACAUCGAUCAAAGCAUUUUAUGCACAUUAAUUACAGCUUUUGCUGAUUUAUGUAAAAGACACACGUCUUUGGUGGACUCUUCCAUUUCAACAGUAAUCGGACAACUAAGCUCACAGUACUUAACGGUGCGGAGUGUGGCCUUGAACAAUCUAAAUGAGUUGAUCUUACAGGAUUAUGUCAAAAUGCGUGGUAGUGUAUUGUUGAACAUUCUGAAGCUGAUCAUCGACGAGAAUGAUCAUAUCGCCGCGCAAGCAUUCUACGUAAUCCAGCUGUACGUUAACUCAAAGAAUGAGAAGCUAUUGAAAGUAUCGUUUUUGGAGUGUGUAUACGUGUUUAACAAUUAUCUGCAAUAUGCAGAAAGUGAUAUGUUUCCAGCAUCUGAAAUCGACAAUGAAGAGUGUGAUCUGGCUGGAAAGGACGAAAAAUCGUUACAGAAGCGUUGUGCCAUUUAUGAUUUCUUUGUAGAAAAUAUUGAUGAUAUCAGUCUGUUGAAAUUGCUGAAGAACGUUAACAAAAUUCAUCAACAACUCAUAAAAGACAAAUACGUAGAAUGCUCCCAAGGGGUUGAUACACUCAUCGAUUUAAUUUACGUAUUUAAAUGUAUGUGUGAUGUAAGAAACCGCGAUAAAGCAAAACUUGCAAAGAGUACAACAUCAAAAGACGAUGAAACGAAUGCCGACGCGAAUGAAGGACCUUCAUCGAAAAGAUCUCGUUUAAAAGCUACUCAAUCACAAAAUGAGACUGAAAUGACAACAAUCGUGGAGAAAAUGAUUGCUGUUUAUUACCCCUUUCAGCAAGAAGUCCGAAAAUACGUACAAAAGAUUGAACCAAGCCGAAUGCACCUAGUCGAUAAAAGAUUGGAAGAGAUGGCAUUGUCGAUUGCUGGGAAUUUUCGCGUAUUGGUAGAAUUUGCCAAACCUAUGAAUUUUUGGCGUUCGUUGCUGAAAGUGAUCGACAGUACACACGAUGGGAAGCGAAAACAAAGUAAAACAUCAUCUGGUAAAAAUAAAUCGGAUGGCGACAGUGAAAGUGAUCAGGACGAAGAUAUAACGGAUGAAAUGCUGGAUUUGUAGGCAUAAUAAACGCACUGUUACGAUCCUUCGUACUUUGAUGUCA